UGGGUUGCUGCCAUUUUGUGUGGUCUUCAGCGUUUGUCGUCUCGGCUGGCAGCCCGACAGCCUUCCAAAGACUCCGUUAAGGGCUACUGCUUUCAAGAUGAGUGGAUCGCGUAUAUUCAUCGGACGACUAAGCCCCUCGGCCAGGGAGAAGGAUGUGGAGAGAUUCUUCAAAGGAUACGGACGCAUCCGGGACAUCGACCUGAAGAGGGGCUUUGGCUUUGUGGAGUUUGAGGAUGCCAGAGAUGCUGAAGAUGCUGUGUAUGAACUUGAUGGCAAAGAACUGUGUAAUGAACGGGUGACCAUAGAGCACGCUCGUGUACGUCUACGUGCCGGCAGAGGAGGAGGAGGGGGAGGAGGAGGAGGAGGAGGAAGAGGAGGUGGCGGCGGCGGCCACUUCCCUGAUCGUUAUGGUCGAGGCACUCAGAACAAUCGGAGUCGAAACCCACCUCCGAUGCGCACCGAGAACCGUCUGAUUGUGGAGAACUUGUCCUCCCGUGUCAGCUGGCAGGACCUGAAAGAUUUCAUGAGGCAAGCUGGAGAGGUGACAUUUGCAGAUGCACAUCGACCUAAACUCAAUGAAGGGGUGGUUGAGUUUGCCUCUUACAGCGACCUGAAAAAUGCCCUUGAGAAACUGUCUGGAAAGGAGAUCAAUGGCAGGAAAAUAAAGCUCAUUGAGGCAGCCAAGAAGAGGUCAAGAAGUCGUUCCCGGUCCAGGAGUUCAUCUCGCUCUCGCUCUGGCUCGCGCUCCCGGUCCCGUGAUCGCUCUUCAUCCGGCAGUCCCAGGCGCUCGGGCAGUCCCAGGCGCUCGGGCAGUCCCAGGCGCUCGGGCAGUCCCAGGCGCUCGGGCAGUCCCAGGCGCUCGGGCAGUCCCCGGCGCUCGGGCAGUCCCCGGCGCUCGGGCAGCCCCAGGCGCUCGGGCAGUCCCCGGCGCUCGGGCAGCCCCAGGCGCUCGGGCAGCCCCAGGCGCUCGGGCAGCCCCAGGCGCUCGGGCAGCCCCAGGCGCUCGGGCAGCCCCCGGCGCUCGGGCAGCCCCAGGCGCUCGGCCAGCCCCCGGCGCUCGGGCAGCCCCCGGCGCUCGGGCAGUCCCCGGCGCUCGGGCAGUCCCCGGCGCUCGGGCAGUCCCCGGCGCUCUGGAAGCCCAGCCAAAACCCGCAGUCGCUCCCGCAGCAGCUCCCCCACUGGCGAUGCAUCCUCCCCUAACACCAAGUCACUGGAUCCAAACAAACGAUCCAUGUCUGCUACACCUCCUGCUGCUUCUCAUGAGAAAGGCCCUGUUUCUCGUUCCCGGUCUCGUUCCACCGAAAGCCAGCAUUAAGUUACCCACUUGUCUUAGGAGAAUCUGUUUGUGAAAGCUCAAUCAUGUUUCUUAGGGAAAAUAUCAAACUUGGAUGGCAAGGUAUGUUUUUUUUUUUUUUUUUUUCCCCUCGUGAUUAUUCGGUGUAUUUGAUACGCAAGCAAGGUCUCUUAAUUGUUCCUCGAGUCACUUCACAAUGUCUUCAUUGCCGUCUUCCUGUUUCCUCUGCCUCCACUGUUGAGCCACUGUACUUUUGGGGAUGCUUGAAUUUAUUUUUCCCACCCUUUUGAAAUCCAUUUUAAGUUCAAAUGUCAUCUUUUCUCCAUAUUGGGCAGUCCAUCAUGAGAAGAACGAAUCAAUGUGCAAGCGUGCAUUUUGAAGGGAAUGCGCGAUGAUCUGAUUGGUUACAUUCUGUAGACAUAAACGUUGAGACAGACUCGAUAAACGCUAUUCAUGUUUUUUUUUUUAUUAUGAGUUAUUUUUUGUGUGCGAGAGUGUACAUGUAAUUCGACACUGUGAGUGAUGUUCAUGUGGUUUGGAACAAUAGUCUUUUGUACAUAAGGGUUUUGUUUUCAGUAAAAAAAAACAAAAAAACGGGACACUGUAUGUGGGGCAUACCUAUUAAAGCGGUUUUAACAAUGUUA